UCGACUCACCCACCAUGAACGGAUCAGGCACCGGCCAGCCUCUCAUGUCUCCCUCACAAAUCCAUCCUUUACGACACUCCUUCACCUUUUGGUUCAUGCACCGCGCUCCCGGCCAAAAACUCACAAACUACGAAAACUCGAUGCGCCGAAUCGCUUCGUUCUCUUCCGUCGAGGACUUUUGGGCGAUUUACUCGCAUCUGAUGAGGCCGGAUGGUAUGCCGCAUAUUUCCGAUAUCCACCUCUUCCGACACGGGGUAAGGCCAGUCUGGGAGGACGAACUCAACAUGAACGGAGGAAAGUGGAUCGUGCGAUUGAGGAAGGGCCUGGCAAGUCGGUAUUGGGAAGAAUUGGUCAUGGCCAUCGUAGGCGACCAAUUCCACGACGUCGGAGACGAACUGUGUGGAGCAGUAUUGAGUAUCAGAAACCAGGAAGAUAUCCUCAGCGUAUGGAACAAAACCGCGAACCUGGGCCGAGCGAAUUUGAGAAUCAGGGAUGCGAUCAAGAAGGUUCUUAACCUCCCGAUGGAGACGUUGAUGGAGUAUAAAUCCCACACAGAUGCGAUUAAGGAUAACAGGAGUUAUGGAACGUCUGUGCCUUCUACACCGGCGGCGGUUUAAGAGCGGACGAACCUGAAUGGAAUACGGAGUUUUAUGUUAGCUGUUUGCGAUUGCAAAUGCAUGACCAGCGACAGGUUUAGAAUAAAUGCAGAUUCUGCAUAUGCAUUAUGAUGAGAAGGAAAUUCACCGCUUCGUAUCGGGUAUUUUUGUCGUUUUUCCUCUUUGCGUUUAGAGAAUUGUCCGGAGGUCUUCGGUCUUUGCUCUCUCAAUUCCCUUCUGCGCUGCCCGCCAAAUGUCUUCUUCAACCUCCUCCACUGAUUGUCCCGCAUCCACAACAACCCAGUCCUCAGCAUCGCGCUCAUCCUGUCUCAACUCCUUAAAUGCCUGGCGCACCUUCCGCUGCAUCUCCUUCUUCUCAUACCUCUCCUCUCCAUACCCGCCCCGUCCAGCCGUAGCUUCCUCUGAGAUAUC